AUGUUACACUUUGUAACAAAAUACUGUAGAUGUUCUUCACUUAUAACUCAAGUUCGACCAUUGCUGGUAAGAACAUCAAAGAACCCGAUGCAAAAUGGCCCUCUUAGAACAUUCCUGUCACCAGUUCUGAGAAAACCAACAAUUCGAAAUGAUUCAAAGGUUUCACAGUUUCUGCGUAAAAGUGGAACGAUUGCCGCACAAAUCAAUGCUAAUAUCUCUACAAAUGGACAUAAAGCUGUUGGGUAUUGGCUGCUGACUUGCAGUGGCAUGGUCUUUGUUGCAGUUGUCCUAGGAGGAGUUACAAGACUAACAGAAUCAGGCUUAUCAAUGGUAACUUGGAAAUUGUUGGGAGAAAAAAUGCCUAGAACAGAACAAGAAUGGCAAGAAGAAUUUGAAAGAUAUCAGCAGUAUCCUGAAUUCAAAAUAAAAAAUAAAGAGAUGACCCUUCAAGAAUUCAAAUUUAUUUGGCACAUGGAGUACGGCCACAGGCAAUGGGGUAGAGCCAUAGGGGCUGUUUUCCUGAUUCCCGCCGCAUAUUUCUGGGCCAAGGGUAGAUUAACGCCUGGACAAAAGAAGCGAAUCCUGGCAUUCGGAGGACUCAUAGGAGCACAGGGUUUGAUGGGCUGGUACAUGGUGAAAUCCGGCCUGCAGGACAGAUUCCACGCAGAAAGCGACGUGCCCAGAGUGUCCCAGUAUCGCCUAGCUUCCCACCUCAGCCUAGCCUUCCUACUCUACAGCCUCCUCCUGUGGUCGGCCCUGGACGUUCUAAUCCCUGCGCAGGGCAUCGCGAUAGCCAGCAAGGCGGCUCUGAAAGCCUCUAGGAAGUUCAGGAUGCUGGCCCAUUCGGCCAAAGGAUUGGUGUUCCUGACUGCUGUUUCAGGUGCCUUCGUUGCCGGUCUGGACGCCGGUUUGGUAUACAACUCGUUCCCCAAAAUGGCCGACAAAUGGGUCCCGGACGACAUCCUGGCGCUGAGUCCGGCCCUGGCCAAUCUGACAGAGAACCCCACGACCGUGCAAUUCGACCACCGGAUUUUGGGCACGACCACUUUGGGCGUUAUAACGGCGGUAUGGCUGCUGUCCAGAAGAAGGAUAUUGCCGCCCAGGGCGUACACUGCCGCAGCCGUGUUGGGUCUGCUGGGUUAUUUGCAGGUAACACUAGGUAUAACUACACUACUGACGUAUGUGCCUACUGAUAUAGCUGCGACACACCAAGCCGGCUCUUUGACGUUAUUGUCGGCCGCUGUAUGGUUGACGCACGAACUAAAAAAGUUACCUAAAUAA